AUGCCAUCAUCACCAACAUGGCUGCCGCAGAACCCCACGCCAGCGCGCGUGCAGUUCGUCCACGUUCCUACCAAGACGAGAGCUAUCUGCGCGGGUUUCUUGGAGCUGUGGACGACUUACAGAAGGCUGGGUUCAGAUGACCUGCUGUACAUGAACCCUCGGGAAGGUACGUACAUCACGUGCAGUUAUGACUAUCUUCCCGAUACCACGGCCAUGGCAGUCACCACUGAUAACGAUAUUUACAAGCUGGAAAAUGAUACGGGCGAUUUCGAUCAGUUGAUAUUGUUUAAGUACAACCAUGCCGAGAAUGUGUGGGAACAUGCUGGCAUGUUUGGGGAGAUCCUGAGUUAUAUUUACUCAGGAACCCUCCAUGUGUCCCUGGACAAAGUGCAGCCCUUGUACCAGGCAGCCGACCUCCUCCAAUUGGACUAUGUGAGAGACACCUGCAGCAACUACAUGGCCAUGAACGUGGAGCGCUCCACCUGUGUGGACCUGUACAAGUUUGCUGAUGUCUACUCUGUAGACAUUGUCCGUAAAGCUUGUCUGCUGGGGAUUGCGAGCCAAUUUACUGAGUUUUCCUUUACCAUCGAGUUUUGCAGCCUGACUGUGAAUCAGCUGACUGAGAUCAUCAGCCAUGAUGAGCUGGAUGUUAAAGAGGAGACAGUAGUGUGGGAGGCUGUGGUGAGAUGGGUGCAGCACAGCAGAGAGAACAGACUGCCCAACCUGCCCAGCAUGCUCCCUCACAUCCGCUUCAACCUGCUGACCUUAGGCGACACUGCAGCUAUCUUGGAACACCCUCUGGUCAGGGAGGAUCCUGGGAGUUCUGAGGUCAUCAGUAAUGUGGUACAGAAAGGAAACCCCGAUCUGAAACCGAGGCUUGGGAUGUUCACGGAAAUGGCCCUGCUGCCCAAUCAGGCCAGUGGUGCCAAUGACGUCAUCUUCAUGAACCCCCUGGAAAGGAAGUACAUCAGCUGUAGUUACAGGAAUGAAGACCUUCCAAGUUCCACAGCCAUGACAGUCACCAGCGAUAACAACAUCUACGUCCUGACUCGUGUGCAAGAGAGUAACAAUAAGUUGUCCAUGUUUAAGUACAACCAUGCGGGAAAUGUGUGGGAAGAUGCUGGUAUGUCCUCAGUAUCUAUGGAAUAUUCGAGAUACAACAGAAAGUACCUUAUUGGAGUUAAUGGGAUUUUAUGCUGUCUUUUUGUUGAUGUAUCCGAAGGCGAUAUAAGGAUGAUAAAGUACAACCAGGGCAUGGACCAGUGGCAGGAGUGUUCACAGCAAAUUGACAUUACUGAAUACUACGACUACUAUGUAGCAUUGUCCUGUGGCUCAUUCCUUUAUUUCCUCACGAGCUCGGAACUGCAUCGCUACGACCCGGGCCAGGACCGUUGGAGCAAGCGGACCUCACCAGGGUACAUUCCUGAAGUCUGUACUGCCGUUGCCAUUGGAACAGAGAUUUUCUGCACAGACAUGAACUUAACUCAGACCAUGGUGUACGACACAGAGUUAGACUGCUGGCAGACACUGCAAGGCUGGCUGAAUCCAGGAAACUUUGAUAUUGAUAAUGUUCCCAGUCUCUUCGCAAUGGGGAACCAACUGCACAUCUUCUUAACCUGCUGUAGUGACUCCCAAGAAGGAUUCAUCAAUCUAGUAUAUGUGUAUGACAGGUCUGCUGAUACCUGGACAGACAUGAGGGCAACCCUGCCUAAUACGGAGUAUUUUAUGUAUGGUUCUCAUUGCCCUGUGGCACGUAUAUACCUACCAUAUCUUAGGGGGGCAUAAAACAUAAGUCCUGACGCUUUUGUCGUUAGGUAAAGGAUGUAUAGAGUGCCCGGCAGGGCAGAUCGAUAACAUUUUGUUCAGAUCACGGGUUUUGCUGAAAGUCUCAACUAUGGGAUUUAUAUUGUAGUGGUAGAUUUAUAGACAUGUUUCCAUCUUUGUAUUGGUCUUAAAUCUAACAGCAGAAAUAAAUACACUGGCUAAAAUCUUAGUUAAUUUCCCCUCGUUGUAUUUGGUUGGGGCGAUUGGGGGAGGGGGUAGUUCCAGCAAACUAUAGGAUGGUAGCAGACUGAGGCGAUAUUCAUUUACCAUUACAUUAAUUCCUAUGUGAUUCUAAUGGCAUUUUCCAUAUAUUUUUUUUUCUGUGAUGCCAUUACCGUUGUACAAAAUGUUUAGGUUUAUUGCGUCACAGGUGUGUUAUUUACUGUUAACGUUUGUUUGUUUUAAGCCAUUUGUAAAGUUAGGCACAUCAGAUUAUAGACAUGCAUCGCAGAUAUAAUGUAUAAUUCCAGAAUAAUGCUUUUUGUAUCAUUUUUAACAAUAAAUAUUUACUGCUGGAAA